AUGGAGACCGAAGGCUAUCGUGAUCUCCUGGAGACCAGCGAUGGUCAGGGGGUAGGCCUGCUGGAUGGAGGGGGUGAGGUUGGGGUGGAGGAGGGCUGGAGCACGCCCUACCCUCUGGGCUUCCAGGUGUCUUUGACCACUGUGCUGAUGCUGGAGCUAGUGUUGGGCUUCAGCAGCAACCUGACCGUACUUGUGCUCUACUGUGCUCAGUCCAACCUGGUGGAUUCAGUCAGCAACCUAGUCACGGUCAAUCUCCAUGUGCUGGACAUACUGGUCUGUGUGCUGUGUCUGCCACUAACUGUGGCUGUGAUCCUGCUACCAGCUAAUGGAAGUGGAGUCGGCAGCCUGGCCACUCUGUGCUGCUUUCAUGAGGCCUGUGUCACGUUCACUAGUGUCGCCACAGCGGUCAAUGUACUCGUGAUCAGUUUGGACCGAUAUGACAUCUCAGUGCGUCCAGCCAGUCGCCUGCUGACCCCCAGGCGUGCUGCUCUGCUCCUGGCAGCAGUGUGGGCUGUGUCUCUGGCUGUUUUCUUCCUGCCCUUCCUAGAGGGGGACUUCUUCUCUUCGAGGGCUGAGGACGGUGACGAUGAGGAGCCGGAAAGGCAGAACAAUGUCUCUGAGUUCACCACUGGACAGACGCCCAUUUUUUCCUCCAUUUCUCCUUCUUCGUUACCCUCCACUCACCCCUCCUCCUCUUCACAUCACCUGCCUCCAGUAUGGCAGAACAGGACACUGCUGUGUGUCGGAGGGCAGGGUUAUUACACAGGCCUCGCUAUGUAUUACCACUUGUUACUCCAAGUGCCAUGCUUCUUCAUCGCUGUGGCCGUCAUGUUGUUCACCUACUCCAGGAUCCUACAGGCCCUCAACAUCCGCAUUGGCUCUCACAUGAUGAGGGGUACACGUACAAAGGACUCCACCUGCAGGAUACGCUGCAGGAGGCAGAGGAAGAAGGACCUGAGUCUGCCCACAGAGGUGGUGUCCUCCAACCAGAACCAGAACCUCAGCCAUCCUCCCCUCAUCCCAUCUCCCACCCCUACACCCACAUCACCCCCACCGCUCUCCUCUAUUCCCCAAGGGAUGUCUGACACUUCAGCCUCAACGCAGACCCACGCCACCUCACCACUGCCUGCCUCCUCCAUGGGUGUCCAGGCCUCGGUUUCUGCCAUCAUCGCCUUGAGACGUGCAGUGCGCAGACACAGAGACCGCCGAGAACGUCAACGCCGCGUCCUAAAAAUGUCCCUAAUCAUCAUAUCCACCUUCCUGGGCUGCUGGGCCCCUCUGUCUGCAGUCAAUGUUCUGAUCCUGUGUCUGGGUCCCAGCGACAGUCUGGUGCGGCUCCGACUGUGCUUCAUAGCGAUGGCUUAUGGAACCACUAUCUUUCAUCCUCUGCUCUAUGCUUUCACCAGACAGAAGCUACGCCGUGCCCUCAAAACACGUGUCAAGAAAAGGGUAGUGUCCCUUCUUCAGGUGGACCCAGCUCUCAGCGGGGGCACAGUUAUUCAUAACUCCUGGGUGGAGGGGGGAGGCCAGAGGAAGAGUCGCAAGCCACGGGUGGAGGCCAGUGAUGGCACUGAUCGAUGUCUCACAGAGGCAGUGAGGGAAUGA